AGCGCGUGCUCGGCGCCGCGGCCUCGCUCGGGGCUGGUUCGCGCGGGCAGCUCCCACACGGAGCUCUUCUCGGCUUCCUCCUCUCUGAUGACUUCAGCUUGUGUCCAGUUGACCUGAGUCUGAAGCUGCCCAGGAAAAGUGGUGGCCGCUGCCUGUCCCUUGGAGCCACUCCAAAGGCCUCUGCCUGCUAGCUGUCACCUGCCACGGUGGAAACCUCUGACUUCUCAGCCUGGGACUCCUCAGCUGUGACCCCCAUUUUUACUGAUUCAGAACUCACAACACCGUGGGACGUUGGUGUCAGGGGCCUGCUGUGUCUCCUGCUCCCACCGGGCUCUCUGAGCUCAGGGUCCCUGGUGACCACAGGUGUGCUCACCUCCCUGAGUUUCUUGGCUGCUGCACAAGUGUGAGGACCCCGGUUCGAAUCCCCAGCACCCGUCUACAAUGUCAGGCAAGAUGCCACCCUCCUGUGUACCUGGUGUUGGGGAGGCAGACACAAGAGGAUCUCUAGGGCCUGUUGAUGACGCCAUCCAGUUAGUCACCCCGCCGUUCUCCGCUUUCCCUCUCCCGGCUCCUGGGGCCACCCCUGCCAUGCAGUCCACCCCUGGGAUGGAGAGCACUGCCAGCCGGGCCCUGGCCCCUGCCACCCAGCCACCUGCACCUGGAGGAGGAGUCCCAGUGGGGUGUGGCUGCUCCCGGCCCCGCUCCAGCCAGGACUCCAUAGCAAGCAGCCGUCCCCAGGAUCCUGUCCCCGUGGCCACUGCCGCACCCACCCACCAGCAGGAUGGUCACAGCUGCAGAAUGUCAAAGGGGACCAGGAGCUGUGAGGACGCCUCAGAGCAGCCAGCCACGGCUUCUCUCUGCCGACCAGGCCCCAGCUCCCAGCGCUGCAACCGCCCACUGAAGUCCCAGCGGGUCCCCCAGAAGCAGCAGGCCUCCCCAGCCACUCCUGUGGGCUCGGACCCCUGGGGUGGCCCAGGCCUCGGGCCUUGGGACCCCAGCUUUACCAGUGACACGCUGCCAUUCCUAGACAGGCUGCCGAAGCCCACGGCAGGCCCGAGGCCAUCCUCCAUGCACUACUGUGAGGUCUGCAGGGUCAGCUGCGCGGGGCCACAGACCUAUCGGGACCACCUGGAAGGGCAGAAGCACCGGAAGAAACAGGCAGCUCAGAGGACGGGCACACCGCCCAGCGGAGGGCCCAGAGGGUCCCAGAGCCUGCACUGCGGCCUGUGUGCCGUGUCCUGCACCGGGGCGGACGCCUAUGCUGCCCACAUGAGGGGAGCCAGGCACCAGAAGGUCUUCAAGUUGCACACCAGGCUAGGGAAGCCCAUCCCCUCCGAGCCCACGCCACGGAGUGUCACCUACACCCGAGGCUCCGACAGCACCUCUGAGACCUCAGGCAAGCGUGAAGCUCACACCAGUCACAGCUCACACACCUCAGGCCGGCUAGCAGCAGCCAAAGGACCAACAGCCUCACCCAAGGGGCCACCUGAGCUCCAGACAGUGCACAGCCGACCUGGAGAAGGGCGACCAUCACACCCCAAGGCGGGGACCACCAAGGGACGCCCUGGGGAAGCCUCGGGGACCUGUGGGGACAUUGAGCCAGUGGGAACAGAGUACGUGGAGGAGGUGCGCAGUGAUGAGGGGAAGGUGAUCCGCUUCCGAUGCAGGCUCUGUGAAUGCAACUUCAAUGACCGCAACGCCAGAGACAUGCAUCUGACUGGACGCCGGCACCGGCUGCAGUACAGGAAGAAAGUGGACCCUGCACUUCCGGUGGCUGCCCGACCCAGCGGCCCCAUGCAGAGGGCACUGGCCAAGCAGCUGCAGAGGCAGCGGCAGCUGGCGCAGGCGAGACUGGAGGGUGCACGGCGCUGGAGCUCUGAGCAGAGCAGACAUCAAGAAGAACAGAGCAGGCAGCCCCAGGAGCCUUCACAGCCCCAGGUUGAUGAACAGCCACCCGGAUCACCCACCUGGGCCCUGCCCGCUCCCGCUGCCAAGCCAGGGAUGGCCACCACCCGGCGCCAGUCAGGGCGCCGGCCGGAGAGCAAUGACGACCGGCAUGUCAUGUGCAAACAUGCUUCCAUCUACCCCACCGAGGAGGAACUGCAGGCCAUCCAGACAGCCGUGUCCCACACAGAACGGGCCCUCAGACUGGUGUCAGACACACUGGCAGAGGAGAGCAGCCUUAAUAGCACCCUGGUGCCUCCACCACCGAGGAUGCUCAAGGGAGUGGUACGGGUUGGCAUUCUGGCUAAGGGGCUGGUCCUGCGUGGGGACCACAGUGUGCAGCUGACCCUACUGUGUUCCAAGAAGCCCACACACUCUCUUCUACAGAGGAUCAAGCAGGAGCUUCCGAGAGAGCUGUCGAUAGUGGCAGAAGACAAGUAUGAAGUCUCAUCUGACCGGGAUGCCAACAUUGUUAUCUCAGCCUGCGUGGGGCCGGGGGUGAAGGUCACUGUGUCUGCCACCUCACCUCUGAUGCGUGAGGACCCCUCCGUAAAACGAGGAUUGCAAGACUCUGUGUCCGACCCAGAGGAUGUCCUGGACCGGGAGAGAUGCCUUGAGACCCUGGCAGCCCUCCGUCAUGCCAAGUGGUUCCAGGCUCGAGCCAGUGGCCUGCAGCCAUGUGUGAUUGUCAUCAGGAUUUUGCGGGAACUGUGCCGCUGCCUGCCCCCGUGGGGGGCUCUGCCUGCCUGGGCCAUGGAGUUGCUGGUGGAAAAGGUGCUGAGCAGUGCCGCCCGGCCCCUGAGCCCGGGGGACGCUGUGCGGCGGGUCCUGGAGUACGUGGCCACAGGUGCGCUCCUGACAGAUGGCCCCGGGCUACAGGACCCCUGUGAGAAAGGCCCGCAGGAUGCCCUGGAGCCCAUGACCCCACAGCAGCGAGAAGACCUAACAGCCAGUGCGCAGGCCCGGCUGGCUCGCACUAACAGGACCCCGCUGUCCACAGCGUGCCCUGCGUCUUGUGGCCUUCCGACAAAUACACAAGGUCCUUCACAUGGAACAGUUACCCCCACGGACCAGAUUUGGGGCCCGGGCCCGGAAGAGGAUGAGGGAGGCUAGUCAGGCCCACGUGGGCGCCGGGGACAGCAAGCGGGGCCGGCAGGGCGCAGCUGGGCUGCUGUGAGCCAGUCAUCACCACAGACCUGAACUGGUGUGAGCUUCCUCCGAUGUGGACACCUUUGCCACUGGGUCUGUAGAUUUUAUCCACAGUGCUGGGGGUCCCACUGUGGUGACCCCCAUGCCCAUCUGUCACCCCCCAGCCACAUAGCAGUGAUCUCCAUUUCUUGGUACUAAUUACAUUUUGAAACUCCCCGAUGUCAUAAGAAGCAGGUAGGAUCUGAAUCGCUUUCUUGAAAUGCCUGCAAGAUUGUAGAAGUCACAGAGUGGGGGGGUGGAGGGGCAGAGAGCACAGAAUGGGAUUCCCCAGACCCCAGACCCAACCAUAUUCUUCACACGGACACCUUACUCCACCUCGGCUGUGAGGGCACAGAUGGCCCCUGGGACGCUGUCACCCCACAGUGGAACCCCAGCCCCAGCCACUGAGUGCCUUCUGCAGACAGAGCCCCCUCCACCCCAGGUCAUCCUGUGGGCCAGGGAACAGCUUGCCCCAUUAAGCCGCCCCGAACCCCCUGGUACCACCCAAGGCUUCGACCCUGCUCCAUUUUGCUGUGGCUUUUAAAGGCCAGCCCACACAUGGCACAAUGGCCAGUCUGUAGAAUCAUACAGAAUUCGGCCGGGGUGGGGAAUAAAGCAGAUCUGUUCGUGUGA